UUUUUAUACAAUACUUCCUCCAUGCAAAUAUUAGUUAAAAAGUUCAAAAACAUUUUGUUUAUAGCAUAAAUUUACAAUUUAACAAGCAGGAAGCACCAUCAUGGCAUUUUUUGGAUCACCUCAUUCAAACUCUUUCAAUAAUCACGAAUAUGAGUUUGAGGACGAUAAAACAGAUGAAAAUGAAGAGAAAUACCACCAGGAACAAAAUAUAGUACACAGUGACGAGGACACUGAAGAUGCUAGCGAAACUGAUACAGGUCGCCAAGUUGAACAGCUGGAAAUCAAAGAACAAAUGUACCAAGACAAACUGGCGACGUUGAAGAAAAAACUAGCUCAACUUAAAGACGGCUCCCAUCUCGAAUAUAACAAAAAAGUAAAGAAAUUGGAAGCCCUGUAUAGAGAAAGGCUUCGAUUAAAUGAAAUUUACAAGGAGGUCAUGAUUGAUUAUGUAAAAAGGGACUAUGCACAAGAAAUCAAAGCGGCAGCCAAAGAUUUUGAAGAAAAAAAAAUUGACCUUAGAGAAAACCUAAUAUCAGAUUUAGAAGACAAAAAACGCACCAUAGAGGCUGAGAGAUCUUCCAUAGAACUUACUGGAGACUCUAUGGAAGUAAAACCGACAGUAACAAGAAAACUGAGAAGAAGACCUAAUGAACCUAUUCCAAUGCCAGAGAAACGCAGAAAAGUGCCCAGCGCCCAAAUCACUUAUUUAUUAGAUGAAAAAGACAUUGACAACGAUUUGAGGCUUCUCAAAGAAAAACCUUUAAUUCCUCUGAGGAAGUUAAGUGAAAGUUCUUCUUCAAUGUGCAGCCCCAAUCAUGCUAAUAAUGCUCUGGGAAGUUUGCAAAGUGCAACAGAGCAAGCCUUGAUAGAAACGCGCAUCGAAGAUGGCAAACUACUUUUUGAAAAACGUUGGUUUCACAGAGGCCAAUCCAUAUUUGUCGAAGGAAAAGAGCAACCCAAAACUGCAGCUACAAUAUCGGCUGUUGGAAACGACUGUAUUUAUGUUAAGAAACAGAAUGGAGAAAAAUUGCGGUUUUUCUUGGCCAGUCUGGCUAGAGGCAAAAUAUCUAUAAAGAGAAGAGCUUCUUAAUCCAGAAUGUUUACUUAUAAAAGAUGUAAAUAAAUUUAAAAAUAAUAAAUAUAUAUUCGCUAAGUAAUACUGGAUUGGUUUUCUUUGCUUUCCUAGCCACACUGACGAGAUCUGACAGGUCGAAACGCGUCUGUGGAUGGAAUAGCAAAGAAAAUUAAUCCA